CGGGCGGGAGGAAAAAGAAUUGCACUCUGCACAUGCUCAGCUGCCCGAGGCGGCCCCCGGAGGCGCUUGCAAGCGGCAGGCCAAGUAGGGAAGGCGGCGGGGCGUCUCCAUCCCUCUCUCCCUCCCUCGGCGGGGCGGCCGCUGCGUCCCUGCUCUGCCAAGCAGCGGUAGCACCAGCUACAGCCGCUGGGCGCUCGUGAGGGGCUCCCUUUUCGCCGUUCGCCUGCUCGGUUCUCCUUCCGACAAUGGACCUGAUCGGGGCCCUGGAUGUGGGGGAUUUGGCAGCCGCCUUUGCCCAUCUGCCUGUCUUCCCCGUUUUCGAUUUGGGCUACUUCGUAGUCUCUCUCCUCUACCUCAAGUAUGAGAAAGGUGUGGUGGAGCUGUCCCGGAACAGCCCAUUGGCCUCUUGGGUCUGUGCUAUGCUGUAUUGUUUUGGCAGCUACAUCCUUGCUGAUCUCCUGCUUGGAGAAGCCCCUAUUGAUUACUUCAGCAACAACUCCAGCAUACUUCUGGCCACAGCUGUUUGGUACCUAAUCUUCUAUUGCCCUAUGAACUUGUUUUACAAGUGUGUCAGCUUUCUGCCUGUCAAACUGAUUUUUGUGGCAAUGAAAGAGGUAGUCCGAGUUCGCAAGAUCGCUGCUGGUGUUCAUCAUGCCCACCAUCAUUACCAUCAUGGUUGGCUCAUUAUGGUCAUAAUUGGAUUUGUCAAAGGUUCUGGAGUUGCCUUGAUGUCCAACUUUGAGCAAUUGCUACGUGGUGUCUGGAAGCCAGAAACAAAUGAGUUCCUUCAUAUGACCUUUCCAUCCAAAGCCAGUCUGUAUGGAGCAGUGCUCUUCACCCUUCAGCAAACCCAGUGGCUUCCCAUCUCCAAAGCCACCCUUAUCUUCUUCUUCACUAUUUUUAUGAUCAUCUGCAAGGUGUUUUUGACAGCAACUCACUCCCAUAGCUCACCAUUUGCCCCUCUGGAAAAUGUGGUGUGCCCCAUCCUCUUUGGCUCUGCAUUUGCCAGUCAUGAUAAUCACCACCACCACCACCACCAUGGAGGAUCCCAGGAGCCAUCCCUUCCAUCACCACCUCAGAUGCCAGCCAAAUCAAGGGAGGAGCUCAAUGAAGGAACCCGGAAACGGAAAGCCAAGAAGGUGGAAUGAGCAACAAGAAGGCUGACAGAUCCAUCUGAACCGCCAAAACUCUGCUGCAUACCUUGUGUGACUUAUUGCCUUCCAAAGACAUGGUUGGAGGAGGCUCCCAGGAAGAUCAGUCCUCUUCUUCUGGCCCCUGCCUUGGUUUUCCUGGCCUGUCACCUGUGAGACGCAGAACUAAUGUCCAAAUGGACCUUUCAUUACAGUUUCUAGCUCAGCUUUUCUAUUGGUCUCCUCCCCUUCCUAAACCACACCAAUGGGAAAGCUGGGAUGUAUUUUGGUGUCUCCUCCAUAUGGCAGAGAGAGAGAGAGAGAGAGAGAGCACUUCUUAGCCUGCAAAACAAUCCAGGGAUCUGCACUCAGGCCAUCCUUUCAGGACUCUAAGGCCAGUGAUAUAUUUCAAGGGCAGAGAGACGUUCCAAAUGGAGUGACUGUCAUUUCACUCUCUACAUCAACAUUUUGGAUGUCUUAUUUGGUUGCCAUUUGUAUAAAGGCCUUGAGCAUAGGAGAAGACCAUUGCUGCUGUUGCUGCUCUUUGGGCUGUUAAUAUAUGUGUAUCUGUGUUAGCAUGUUGCCAUUUGUAUAUACCUCCCCAAAGUUUGAUGAGCUUUGCUGUAGGGAAGGAAACCAAAGCAACUACUGAGUGUUUCAAUCCUAGCCUCUUUGCCAAACACUGUGAGACAUGGACAUGCAUGUAAUUUAUUUAUUGAUUGAUGCUCCUUCCCCCAGGAUAAUUAUUUAUUGUUGCCUAAGGAUUUUAAGUAGUUUGCUUUCUUCUGCUAUGCCUCUUCUGCAAACAGUUGGGUUGUUCCUACUGAACUGAUUUGGAUUCUGUUGUUGUUUUCCUCCUUUGAUUAAGAGCUGAUAAAAGUGAGGGGCUAUUGGCAGAGGUGAGAAUUAGCUUCUAGCAGCUAUAUAAGCCUGUAGGUAGGAUGCCUAAAGAAUCCUUGCCUAUGAGUUAUGGUAUAUCUACAGAUUUUGUCUAGAAAGUCAAAGCUAGACUAUAUGAAUAAUGGAGCCAUGGUGAGCACCUGCAGAGUUCCCUUCUUGCAUCAGAGUAGUCAGUUGCCAGCUCCUGAGAUUACAAAGAAGACUUAAACUCUAAUUAGAGCAUAGAAGGAGACUCUGACUGGGGUAUUGACUAUCACAGGACUUCCCUUGCUUAUCAUUUAGCUCUGACAAAAACAUGCCACUGCAAGCUCUUUUUUCUGCUGUGUCCUUAUGAUGUUGCCUUCACCUUCUCCACCACACAUCCCGAGGCAACAAAGUCGUCCUUAGGUGGUCCAGUGUAAAAGUGAUGUUUUCCUCCUUUUAAGCAAUAGUUUUAUUGUAUGGUAAGUGCAAUCUGGCACCGUUCACCAGCCAUUCUGUCAGUAGUGCUUCCAGAUGACCUACCGUAUAUGGGUUGAGGUCAGCCAAGCACCUGUUGACCAUUUGAAGUAGCACAUUGUUACUUUCCCUAUCAAGUCCCCAGGCACAGCUCUGUAGGACGAUCCUAAUCUGGACAGCAGACGGGUUUGGUUCUUUCGCAUGGGGCUCUUCCACUUUAUGCACAGGGCCAAUCCCCGACUAGUAGCAGCAGUGGGAAGGGCUGCACUGUGAAGCAGGAGAGAGAGAGAGAGAGAGAGAGAGAGAGAGAGAGAGAGAGAGGGAGGGAGAGGGGGGGAAUGGCUCUCACUCUGCUGCACUUUUCAUCCUCUGCUUAACUCUGCCAGUGAGAUGGGCGGCAUAUAAAUUUAACAAAUAAAUAAAUAAAACUGCUUUUGAACAUGUGUUUAUUCUUCUUCUCGAAGAGCACUAAGCCCAUGUUCUAAAGCAGACCGAACAAGAGUCAAUAAGUGCACAUAAGUUAUGCUCUGGAAUGUCAUAGAGGAAGACAAGUAGCAGAUUUGAUGGCCGAUGUUUUGAUAUCAGCCAUUUGAGCUGAUCCAGGUUUCCAAACCCAGGAACACCUGGUGAAUAAGGAGGCUCCUCUUUCCUGUCUUCUGCUACCUCUUGCCAUUUAGAUAAUUGAACUCCCCCCAGUUGGAAGAAGUGACAGAUAAAACGGGGACAAAUUCUGGCAAACGGUGAACCUGCAGAUCUAGUAGUUCUAGUUUGAGAUCAGCUCAAACCAUUACCAGUCAUAACGAUGCUUGAGUAGGAGACUGUUUUCCCACAAGUUGGUUAAGUUGUGAAAGUUGGACACCGCUCUCCAGCUACUGACCAGAAUAAAGACAAUGGGGCAUAGCAAUGGGAACAGAUGCCAAAGUAGCUUUUUGUUGGCUCACAGCAUUUUAAUGGACCUAUAGGGAAGAGGCCCAUGAGUGGCGAGGAGUGGAAAUAGCCAUCCAGAAAUAGAAACUCCUGACUUUCCUUUUCUCCUUUUGGGGACAAUUGUCUCCUGUUGGACAUCCGCAAGAGAAGGAACUGAUUGACAUGAAGAAGCAGAAGGGCCUUGGAGAACACUUCCUUCUCCAAGAUGUAUGCUUCUUGGUUAAAGAUACAUCUCAUUAAAAAGUGCCUUUUCCUUAGCAAAUCUCUGCCCCCUGGAUUUUUAUCCAUGACUAGAACAGCUGUGGUUUGGUGGAUAUAGCCAUUCUUAAAAUAAAAGCCCUCCAUGGUGUAACUGAAUGGAGAGUUGUGCAGCUUCUUUGUACAUUUCUAUCUUAACAUUUCUCACUGUACUUGAAGGAAGAAGAUGCAAUAAAUGUUUCUUGAGAUAGAGUGUGAAGAUGGGAUGGGAUGAGAAUACCAGAUUUUGGGGAUUCAGAAUGGAUUCAUUUCUUCUCCUAAAGUAGCGUUUCUCAACAUUGGCCACUUAAAGAUGUGUGGACUUCAACUUUUAGAAUUCCAGGAGUUGAAGCCCACACAUUAUCAAGUGCCCAAGGUUGGGAAACACUGUUCUUAUCCAAGAGCUGCCCAUUUUCUAAACUUCUUUGAGUCUCCCAGAGUCCAUCCUAAUGUUUCCCUUUACAGAUUAUGGCUAUGCAGAGUUUGUGACCAUUUUCUUUUUCUUCGUCCUUGUUUGCAGCAAUUUUUAGCUGCAGGACUGCAUCUCGUCCCCUUUCCUGUUUAGAUAGGGCCAUGCAGAUUAUCAAUAUUUGCAAGAAAAUUUGGGGGAAAAAAGUUCAGCCUAAAAACACAACUGUAUCUCCUCAGUCUUUCCCUUCUUCCUAAAGUCUUUUCUUUCCAUGCCUGGCACUACCAUACCUGGCAAAUGGCUUACACAAGGAAAGCUGCUAUUUCUUUUUAAGUGUCCCUGUUGUAAUAAUCUUAUUUUUAUAAUUACAGCAGUUCUUUUAUUAUUCCAGCAGGACAGCCUUCUCAAAUGCUCUUCAGAUAAGUUCCUGUGAUUUGCAUUCAGUUCAUACUCACUUCAAAUUAUGAAAUGGUACAGGUAAUACAGGUGUUUCCCAAAUACUGUAUUAUUUUGUAAAUAAAUAUAUUAGAAAUA